AUGCAACUCAAUCAAAGUGUUAAUGAAAUCUUGAAUAGAUUAUCUAAAAAGAGUGUAGAUGAUAUCAACUUCAACUCAUCAUCAUCAAUUCAACACUCUACACUACUAGAUCUACUUUGCAAGGAAAAGGGAAUCAAUAAGAAUUGGUCAUUUGAAGCAUGUAUUACUCACAAUGCCUUUCAAAAUUAUAUCAUUGAUCCACUUCCCAAUAUUAUCUAUUGUACAAACAAUUUUAAAUUACCAAUGUUAUCAUUUGAUAUUGAAUCAAAACUAUCAAAUUUAGGUAAUGAUUUAACAUUCAAUUUUCAAGAUUUAUUUAAAGGGACAAGUAAACCAACAUUGAUUGAUUUAUUUAAUAGAUCAAGUGGUUUAUUUGUAUGGUAUAAUAAUAUUAAAUAUGUUAUUGUUAUCAAGAGUGAUCCAAUUGUCAAAAGAAUCUCACCACUUUUGGAUUGGAUUCAAAUUCAACUUGGUAUCAUUCAACAGUCAGGUACAGGCACCACCACCGCCGCCACCACCACCACUGCAUCUAUUCGUACAUCUGAUGGUAUUAGUUCAUCUUUUAAUCCUCUUAUUCUUCCAUCGAUUGUUAUUACUCCACCACCAUCACCAACUAACAAGUUGAGAUCAAAAAGAUCACAUGCUCGUACAUCUUCAUUUUCAAGAUCAUCAAAGGCAACCAACACUACUACCACAACUACAACAACUACCAAUCAAUCAACUAUCAAUUCAACUACCAAUUCAAUUAAUUCAAUGAUUUAUUUAUUUGGAAAAGAUCAAUUCAAGAAUGGAUUUAUUCCAUUGGCAAUGCCAGUUGGUUUUCAAUAUGUUGUAUUUGAAUUCCUUGUCAAACAUUGUUCUUUUGAUAGUCAAGGUGAAUUGGUUAUUCCAACUGAACUACUAGGUUCAUUUUUAGAGACUGAUCAACUUUUAUAUCGUGUUGACAAGGAUACAAAGAAACAAGUGAAAAAGUUUCUAAGAGGUUUGACCAACACUAUCUAUCCAUCAUCAAGUCUUGCUCACUAUCGUAAAAGAUAUCAUCCAAUCAAUCAUCUUGUCCAACACUCUAUUAGUAAUGAUUCUUGGUCUGUUGCACUUGGUCAAUGUUUUGAUACUCCAAAUGUAGUUUCAUUUGCCAGACAAUCAACUAAUCUCGAUAGUCGUGCCAUCAAUGAUCAAGUAUCUGCUACUCGCUUAACUUUUAAAUCUACCAAGUAUUCUUCAUUAUUCUCUCAAAUGGCUCAUUCCAACGUUGAUCAAGAUCAUUCAAAUUUUGUAAUUAUAAAUUCGAUCGAUGAAUAUUGCAAGACAUUUGAUAAAUUUAUCAUUUCAUGUACUCAAAUUUCAAGAAUUGUUAGAGAUGAAAGUUUAUUACCUAAUUUGUUGGAAUAUGGUAAUAACAAGGGAUGUGGUAUUGUUGUUUUAUUUCCACCUAUUGAACUUAUCAUUCAUUACAUUACCCAACAAGAUGAACCACUUGAUGAUAUCCUUUUAUCUUGUAUCAAUAAUAUAAGAAAUCAUUGUGGUCAAUCAUCACUUUUACCAUCAUUCAAGAAUCAACAUCCAGUUUUAUUUAAAGAUUAUGUCGAUUAUCUCAAGGCUGCUAUUGGUCAACCAGAACCAAUCAAUCCAAAUUCAAUCAACCUAAUUGAUAUCUCUGAAAGAUUCAAUUCAUUAUUUUGGUUUCCAACUGUGAUUACUUUGGAAAACCUACCAUUCUUUAUGACUAGUGUUAUUCUUGAUGAUGAAUUAUCUAGUGAUGAAGGAAUCAAUGACAUUUAUUCAGAUGAUGAUUAA